AUGGAAGACUCAGACUCAGAUAGGAAUGGUAUAUACGGAAAGACCAAUACAAAUAGAUUGUUCGCUUUGGAUGAGUUUCUUAACGAUAAUUCCGAUGGGAUGUAUCCUGACGCAUCUUUAUCACUCUCGGAUAAUAUGCAGAAGAUCCUGGAGGGCCGUAAAUUAUACUCAUUCAAUCACAUGAAUCAGCCGCAAUACUCCCCUGCAUACUCAGAGAAGUCAGAUCCUUCUUCGUACAUUGAUGCCUGGUAUACGAAAAAAAGAAGAAGACCAUACACUACACCAUGGGACUACUCACCAUCAGAAGGAGAAGGAUAUGAAAGGGAACAGGCUGUAUAUAAUCCACAGCAGGAAAUGAAAAAGAAGAAGAUGUGCUUGGGGGUUCUAAAGAAAAUAACCAUCCCACAAGAGAAAAGUACAGUUAAUUCUGUACUACCGCUGUACUUGAAUGCAACGACAAGCUUUGAAGGACCUGGCCAAAGGAUUGAAUUCUUAAAGAUUAGUCACAAUUUCAUGGCUCGUGUUCAAAGCACGGAUUAUAACUCUCUGACUGUCCAGCAACUAAAAAGCAUCAUGAAGGAAUUUGGUCUUCCAUACGUUGGAAGAAAGCAUGAGCUAAUUGAGAGAAUUCUGCAGACAGUAGAAAAAAUACAAAAAAAACAGAAUCAAGAGAGAAAUGGCAGAAAAAUCAACGUAUCUUCUGAAAUGGAUGAUCCCAUGGAUAACAAGCAAGAAGGUGAUGGUGUAGAGGAUAAAACAUCUCUUGGAUUUAUGUUUUUCUAA